AUGUCGUUGAUGAUGUUGGGGGGUACAUCGUACAUCACCGACGACGACCUGACCUCGCUCGAGCUGUACUCGCCGCGCACCGACGUCGACGCAAGCUGCCCCGAUUCGCGCCCACCCACAGCUUCGUCACAUGAUCGGAUUGACGGCGGCCGAGUUGCAGCUGCGACGGGCGCAUCGGCUACCUCCGCGAACGCUCACACCCCGCCGACCUCGCAACCGUGCUACAGCGAGAAGCCACUGCCUCCGAGGAAGCAGGUUUCGUUCUGCCCCUUGGCAUUGCUGAUUGAAUGCGCGGCCGACUGCAAGAUCACCAAGGCCGCGUCAACAAUCGUUUGCGGAGCCGGCGGCAACUCCAGUUCGAAUAAUGCGGGGCGGAUAGCAGCAGCGGCCGGCGCCACCGCGAGCGUCGCCACAAGCACGAACAGCGACUACGCCUUCGCCAUAACACCUACAUCCCCUGUUACGAGCGCGGCAAACAGGAACAAGCCCAGAAUCGGCGUCAAGACGUAUUGGUGAGUGCUGCCUUGAUUGACCAAGAGGGGGUGCUUGGUGGGAUCCACGCCUGCGGUUCGAGGAGCACCUGAGCUGACUGUAUGCUGUUUCACACCUGCUACUCGGAACCUUCCCUGCCCUUGAAUUGCGGGUCUCCCACUCACUGCGCUCUUCGGUUACCCAAUCUGACGAUUUCCCCCUCGACCGUCAACCCUUUUCAGCCUCGACCUCCCCAAUGCUUCGAAAGCGACGGCCAAAGCAUGGCAGGCGGUCUGUACAAAUCUUUCGACCGGUCUCCAACCGCUCCUCUCCCCUGGCGCUGGGUCUGCCGGAUCCAGGAAUACCGUCACCUACUCCUCCAACAGAGCAAGAGAGUCAUCCCCCGAACGUGACCAGGAUCGAAAAAUGCUUGCCCGGUCGCGCUCAGAUUCGGCUUCGUCCCUGGGAUCGAGUCGGGGAUCAUUCUCGUCGACGGGCAAGUACGACCUUGACGACGAGGAUGAGGACGAGAGACACGGUCGAACAGGGGACGUGAGCCAUUCACCCGGCUUCAUUCCUAAUGCUCCGUCGCGAAUCACGAUCAAACUGCCCAGUUUGCAGCGGAGAGGGACCUUGCCGUCGUCCGGAUCAUUGUGUCCCAUUCGGAGUUGUCUCAAAGCACGAUCCGCAUCGGAGUCGUCCUCGAAAUCUUGCCAGACCGAGCCCGACGUCGAAUCUCCCACUAUCGCUUAUCCGUCAAAGCUCUCUACAUUCCCAACAGCAAUCGCAUCCCCUGCCUCUUCGCGGACAACGCGCUCGACCCCCUGUAUCUCCCCCGUGGAAUCUGCCCCGAUGGCACAUCGAGCGCUCAUGGCCAGCCACCUCUCUCCCGACCGGCACGCCCUAAGUAUCCCUCUCACCGACUGCUGCGAGCGAUGUUCCCAAGCAACCGAAGUCGGCCUGUGCGCUGAUGAGGAAUACGAAGAACCGUGGAGCAAAGCCGCGAUGAGGAAGCGCAAGUUUGACGUUAAGCGCAAGGCCGGGGUAGUCAACACGGGCGAAGACGCUACGAAGUGUGACGGCGCUUUGGAAGAGGUGCUCGUGGACGCUGUUUCGUGUUUGAAUGCCGAUUUGGGGGUCAAACGAGCCACUUUUGCGGGAGCGACGAAAACGACGAUGGAUCUCGUCAAGAUAGGCGACGAGGAAGAGGAGGAAGUCGGGGUACCGACGCAGGGGUUGAUGGCGGCGGCCGUCGUUGAUGAACUGGGCAAGACGGUUAUAGUCGAUGAACCAGAAGAGGAUGGAGAACCGGACAUGGCUUCGGGAGAAGAAGAGGGAUCAGCGCUGGACAAUCCUGCAACAUCGAUCGAGCCAUGGUCGGCCGAACGAUCUACGGCCAGUGCGGACGAAGUCGGCGAGCCGGAGGCGCAUCACGUCACUCAGGCCACUACUGCAAGCGCUACAAAGCUCAUCACAUCGCCUCCCGUCUCCGAUAUUGCUCUUGGGUCACCUUCAUCCGAGCCAAAAUUUCUCUCCGCAGCGGACAUCCUCCCACCUCAAGUCCCUGUCGUCACACCCAUUGGCAACAAGGCACCGGUUUCGUCCUCGAGCACACGGCCGGCUCCGACGAAACGCAAGCUAUCACUGUUGAACUUUGGAAAAGGGAUUGUCGACGCCGGAUUUGUAGCGAACUUCGGUGGUGGAUCGUCGAGGCCGUUCGUUUGA